UGACGCGGUCCGCACCUCGGAACACUGUUUCACUAUCACUGCAAACCAAGUGAAAACGCCGCUUUAGUUCUGAUCAAAUCAUUCAGAUGCAAACGAGCAGACAGAGGAUGAAACGCCUGUAUUCGCUGGUUCGCUGCCUGACUGCCAACGUCAACAUGCUAGGCGUGUUUAUAGUCGGCUAACUCUCUCAAAAGAACGAGAAAUCGGAUUAGCUGCUAAACUUCACGUCCUACCAGCAACUCCCAGUUUCUUUGAUGCACCUGGCGACUGCUGUACAGUAAACUGCUGAUUGUUUUAAUUUCAUUUUCCCGUGGAUACUAAAAUUCCUGUUUGUACCGUUUAGCUUGUCGUUUGUGAUCGUUAAUGUCAAUAUUGUCGCAGACGAGUUUGCUAUUCUACUAACGCUAAACGACAGUAGAGUCCUCGUCCAGCAGCUAACGCUGUUGUCUCCGUGUGAUUGAAGAAAGUGUCUGAUUUAAACGCAGAUAAAAACGCCAAGAGGGUGAAGUAGUCGGCCAGAUUGCUGUGCUAGCUUGUCCCCAGGCUAGCUAGCAAUCCAGCUGUAUAACAUUUGCACCCUGAAUUUUUUUUCCAGACGAAACAAAUAUGUCUGGAAAAGAUAAAGAUAAACAAGAAAAACAGUCCACUACGGAGCGGCUCAUAAAAGCCGUGCCAUACCCGCCUCAGCAGAAGCUGACGUUGAAGGAGCUGUUUGAAAAUGGCAAGCCCAACGCUGAACUUCUCAGAAACCAUCUUGUCAAAGAAGGUCGGGUGGAGGAGGACGCAGCCCUUAAGAUCAUCAAUGACGGGGCCAAUAUCCUCCGCCAAGAGAAAUGCAUGCUGGAGGUGGAGGCCCCCAUAACAGUAUGCGGUGAUGUCCAUGGGCAGUUCUUUGACCUUAUGAAGCUGUUUGAAGUGGGAGGAUCACCCAGUAACACACGAUAUCUUUUCCUUGGGGACUACGUCGAUCGAGGAUACUUCAGUAUUGAGUGUGUACUCUACCUCUGGUCGCUCAAGAUCAACCACCCCACCACCCUUUUUCUCCUGCGAGGGAACCACGAGUGCCGACACCUCACAGAGUACUUCACCUUCAAACAAGAAUGUAAAAUUAAAUACUCUGAACGGGUGUAUGAUGCCUGCAUGGAGGCCUUUGACUGUCUGCCUCUUGCUGCUCUCCUCAACCAACAGUUCCUGUGUGUGCAUGGCGGACUCUCUCCAGAAAUCAAUUGCCUAGAUGACAUUAGAAAAUUAGACAGGUUCAAAGAGCCUCCAGCAUUUGGGCCCAUGUGCGACCUGAUCUGGGCUGACCCUGGCGAAGACUACGGUAGUGAAAGCACGUCUGAACAUUUCAACCACAACUCCGUCAGAGGUUGCUCUUACUUUUUCAGUUACUCUGCAGUGUGCGACUUUCUGGUAAAUAAUAACUUGUUGUCUGUAAUAAGAGCCCAUGAAGCACAAGAUGCAGGGUAUCGGAUGUACAGAAAAAGCCAGACCACAGGCUUUCCUUCAUUAAUCACAAUCUUUUCAGCUCCAAAUUACUUAGAUGUCUACAACAACAAAGCUGCUGUGUUAAAAUACGAGAAUAAUGUGAUGAACAUCCGGCAGUUCAACUGCUCCCCUCACCCAUAUUGGCUGCCCAACUUUAUGGAUGUUUUCACGUGGUCAUUGCCCUUUGUUGGAGAAAAAGUGACAGAGAUGCUGGUGAACGUGUUGAACAUUUGCUCAGAUGAUGAGCUCAUGUCAGAGGUAGACGACCUUGGCGAAGCAAUGCGCAAGGAGGUUAUCAGGAACAAGAUUCGUGCCGUGGGAAAGAUGGCCCGAGUCUUCUCAGUCCUCAGGGAGGAGAGCGAGAGUGUGCUAACACUAAAAGGAUUGACCCCCACUGGGACCUUACCUGUGGGAGUGUUGUCAGGGGGAAAGCAGACCUUGCAGAGUGCCAUUCAAGGCUUUUCUCCCACGAGGAAGAUCCGUAACUUUGAGGAGGCACGUGGCCUGGACAGGAUAAAUGAGAGGAUGCCCCCACGCAAAGAUGGCCAGCAGCCAGAUGGCACUACGGUUAAUGCCAACUCCCCUAACAAGAACGGCACAGAUGGAUAGGUACAAAGACGCACAGUUCCCACCUUCCAUCUCAGCCGAGCCCAAAUCCCAAACUACUACAGUCUCAAUCAGUUUCUCUCUUGCUCUCGCUCUCUUUCUGUUGCUCUUUUUCUCUCCCAUUCAAACUGCCCGUCCAUCUCCUGCUCACUCGCCCACAGUUGGACAGGAGUAGGAACUAAGCAGGAAUUGAGGAGGUGGCAGUGCUGGGGGAACACUCAGCUGCUGAAAAAAUACAAAUGUGUAAUUUGGGGAAAAAUUUGAAUCUUAUUUAUUUAUUGAAUGAAUCAUAUUAGAGUAUAAGUGCUGUGUAAUAGCUUUAAUUCGCUGAAUGACUACAUUUUGCAACUGUUUCUUGUUUUACUGUUCACUGAAGGUAUAAUGAAUAGAUAAAUGUCAGAGUUGUUAAAAAAAAUGACAAUUACUGAGAUGAAAUAAGGAUUGUAUAUAUUUGAGUUGACCCAGACAGAUAGAGGACCCUUUAUUGUCUAAAUGAUCUAGUCAGUGUAAAUUUGACUCAAAGUUUGUGUAUUGUAGCUUUAAAACCCAUUUGGAUUUUUGCAGGCAGGCUUCUUGCCAUAUAUAUAUAUAUAUAUAUAUAUAUAUAUAUAUAUAUAUAUUGUGUGUGUGUGUGUGUCAAGUGAAAGAUACUUGAUUAUGUAAUUAUGUAUUGAAAGAAGGAAACUGUAAGGGAAGUAGAUUCGAUCAGAAAAUUGUCACAAAAUGAUUGUUUUAUACCUCCAGGGGACGUACCACAGAGAGGUAUUGUUGUAGUUUUAUUUAUAAGCUGUAAAAAAAGACUGAUGAACCCUAAAAUGACUAAAUGGUCAAUGCAGCAGCUUUUGCUAAGUGUUCUGUUCCAAUAUUUUGCCAUCGCGGUCACUUAUAUGGUAACGUCAGUUUUUUCCUUUGUGAACUGCUAUGAAUUCUUCUGAGUGAAACCAUUUUAAGGGUUGCUGAUAUUGCUGGCACUCACAUGCUGUUGUUACUAAGUGUUCACUUGACAGCAGCUCAGAAGGCUCUCACUGCUCAACCAAAAAGGGAUAAUGUUCAUGCGCUGUCUUAUUCCACCACUGCAACCCGGCCCACCAAGGAUGCUAGAUCCCCCUCCUCAGUUGUUCUUUUUUAUUUUAUCAGACAUUGAAGUUAAGGCAACCAUUCAUGGGUCGAGUACUGCAUAUGGAGAUUAUGGAGGAAAAAAAAACUUGCACCGAAACUGACCACCAAGGACUAUUUAACUCUCACGAUGCCCACUUGGACAUUAGAGGAUAUUGUUACCUUUUUGAGGAAGUAAAACUAUUGGCAGCAUGGUACUCCCAACUGACUGAUGUUUUAUGUUUGUUUAGGAAAUUCCAGUGGAUUUAACAGCAUAAUUGAAUUUAGUAUUAUUUGAUGUCAUCAAACACUUAAGGAAAAAAGGUGUGUGCAUUAGUCUUGAUGCAUGCUCAACAAUCCAGGUAAGAAAAUCGAAGAAGGUUGA